AUGUCCCCACCCACAGCAGAAGAAGACUCGGAUAGCGAGACGGAGCUAGGCCGUCAAGACGGUGAUGAUGACGUCGGCGACGGAGAGGCGCUAGGCGAAGAGGAAGAGGAAGAGCUGGAUGACGACGAGGGCCUAGCAUCACCAAAUCACAACGACAACCCCCAACCUAAUAUCGACCCUCCGCCAUCCUACCUCCGCGAGGUCAGUACCCUUGCAUCAUGGACAGUAUCUUCUUCCAAACCAGGGUGUUCCAUCCCGCAACUUCGACAUCCCUCAACCAACCUAUUCUGGCAAUCCGAUGGUCCGCAACCGCACUACCUGAACAUCCACUUUUUCAAACUCGUGCGAAUUGUCGGACUACGACUAUAUCUCGACUUCGAGCAAGAUGAGUCGUACACACCGACCAAGAUUAUCUUUCUCGCUGGUAGUGGCAUGAACGAUUUACAAGAGUGGGGUGAGAUGAGAUUGGAAAGCCCGCGGGGAUGGAUAUGGGCGGAUUUCAGCGGUGUAGGAGAUGCAGAUAGUGAAGAUGACGACGGUGGGGACGAUGACGAAUCUGAUGAGGAUGAUGAUGGUGAACAGCGCAGACAAGAGCCACUCCGCAUCACCGCAGCACCAACAAACACAAACGGAAGACAACGUGGUGCAAAUGAAGCAGCUUCCUCCGACUCUGAGAAUGCCGCUCCACAGGAUACCGAGAUCGAGACUCCAGUGCAGAACCAGCAUCACACCCCAAUGCCAGCAAACGACGAGGAUCUGGGACGGAGUGGUCAGGAGCAUGGUAUGCGAGGCGAUAUGAAAGCAGUUACUGGCGUGUCGACCCCAAGCGUACACCUUGCAACAGGCAAGGAGGCUGUGGUGAGGAAGCUCAAGGAAGAGCGGUUGGAACUGGGAAGAAGCGCAUGGGAUAUGGAGGGCUGCAUACGUUGA